AACUUCAUUCUCACAUCAAAACCCCCAACAUUGUCGCGCGACUCCAGACAGGCAAAGUCUCGCUCGAAUAUCACUGGCGCUCAUACUUGACCACUGGCAACAGCUGUGACAAUACAACCCAGCGCUUGAACGCACAGAGGAGCGGCAGCAUGGAUUACGAUGCAUUUGGCGCAAAUGACGGCGAGGACGCUGGACCCAAGAUCACCAUUCGUGAGACGACGGACAAAUCGAUCCGAUUCCGCCUGUCCAACACUUCUCUUGCCCUCGCCAAUUCAGUACGACGUGUGAUGCUCGCCGAAGUACCGACUAUCGCCAUUGACUUGUGUGAAAUCGAAGCCAAUACUUCAGUCCUCGCCGACGAAUUCCUCGCUCAUCGACUCGGUCUCAUUCCUCUGAGCACAAAGGGUGUGGAUGAGAUGGUCGACUUUCGGGACUGCACAUGCGACGAAUAUUGCGACAACUGCAGUGUUGUACUACGCUUGAAUGCUGCCAACCGAAACAGCGAUCAGAACCUCAAGGUGUUUGCGCGCGACCUUUUUGUUGAGUCCGGCGCACCGGGCGUGGCAACCUACAACCGCUCCAAUGGAGUCAACGGGACUUCCUCAGAUGACUUGCCUCCGCGUGGUGCCCCAAUCAUUGGCGACCCAGCAGGGCAGGGGCCUCUGAUAUGUCAGCUGCGCAGAGGGCAGGAGCUGAGGAUAAAGUGCAUAGCAAAGAAGGGCAUUGCGAAAGAGCACGCGAAGUGGGCACCUACGGCAGCGAUUGGAUUCGAGUACGACCCUUGGAACAAAUUAAAGCACACGACGUUGUGGUAUGAGACGGAUGCGAAAGCUGAGUGGCCUGAGCCCCAAAAGAAUGGCGACUGGGAGGAGCCACCCCAAGAAGGCGAACCUUUUGACUAUGCCGCUGAACCCACCAACUUUUACUUCGAGCUCGAAGGAACUGGAGUAAUGCCUCCAGAUCAGAUUCUGCACUCAGGCAUUCGAGUGCUACAGGCUAAACUGGCAGGCAUAAUAAGAGAUCUUGGUACUGAUGCACAGGUCGGUGAUCAGAACGGUUUUGGAGGCUUCAGUCCCAAUGAUCCAAUGGCGAAUGGUGCGGCGAGCGCGUAUGGCGGAGGGAAUUAUGGCGGUACGAGUGUCUACGGGGAUGGUGGCGGCGCCGCCACAGCCUAUGGCGGAGGCGCUGGCAGUGUCUAUGGCAUGGCGACGCCGUAUGGACAACAACGGCAAUACUGAGGUGCUCACAUGCUUGCAUCGACAUGAUAAGAGCGGGCGGAAGCGUGAAGGGAGUAUUGGCGUAUGCAACAAGACGUGAGCAGACUGCAGAGCGCUCUCGACGUCGCUGUGGAGCCACACGAGGAUGAAUGUGACAGUGGUCCUGGGUUGUCCUACUGCAGCUCAAUGUCUCAGUGCGUUGCUUCGAGACGUCCACAAGAGUGCGGAAUCGAAGAUGCAGCUCAAGGCGGGCAGCUUCGUGCCAGCUCGUUGGGCAGGCACUGCAUCUAUAGCGUCCGCAAAGGUCUCGAUUGAGGUGCGAGGGCUCACCUCAUGCGCGUGUGCCUACAACAUGAAGUAGAGCAGGCAGCAUUAAUCACGGAUAUACCUACGUUAGGUAAGGUAUAUUCAUGUACCUCAGGUACACUAGGUAGUUGCGAGGCUAUCGCUCCAAAGACACAGUUGAACG